AAAAAAAUAUGAAAUAAUUUGUUCUUGUAUCAGUAUGUACUACAGGGACAAGACAAUAUUCAGUUAUUAAGAUUUUUUAUUGUAUUUCAGUUUUAUGUAUUUUACGCAGGUUUUUAUCCCUCUUCAGAUAUGAGUCUCCAUUGGCCGGGGCCUGUCUGACUUGAAUUUCAAUGAUCUCCAAAUACCAUAGCCGCUGUAGUAAGGUGAGAGUGCGAUGAGAAGUUCCAGAGUGUGAGGCCAUGGGCUGCACCUCCGCCAAGCAGGUGUCUGCUGUGCCCAACGAUGAGGAGGGACACGGCAAGGCCUACAGCAACGGAGACCUCUAUUCAGAUGAGUACAAGCUGAAAGGAGUGGAGGAGGUGAAGUACAUGAGGGGAGAGGAAAAUCGAGUGAACGCACGCAACCAGGAGAACCUGGAGAAAAGUAAUGUACAGUACAAAGGCAAACUGCAGAAAGAUGUCACUUCAUCAAACAUCAAGUCAAAUAUUCACUCGUCGGAGAGCCAGCAGGAGUUUUUUAGGAUGCUGGAUGAGAAGAUUGAGAAGGGGCGAGACUACUGUUCAGAGGAGGAGGAGGAGGGGGAGGAGGAAGGGACAUAGCAAAGAGGUCCCCCGGAGUUCACCACAUCAGAGAGCCUCACUGUGUGCCUGAGUGUGUGCAUGUGUGUAUGAAAGAGUGAGAGGACACUAAAUCAGUGUUGUACCAGAUUGUGUGAUGCCUGGACAUGGAGGUGUAUGUUUUAUGAUAUGGCAAAUAUAGUAUAUCCAUCACAGGUAAAAGUGUGAGAAUUCAUAGGCGAGAGAAGAGAGAGAGAGAGAGAGAGAAUGGGAUAAAGAAAUUGUUCUUUUGAGACUCCAGCCCUUCUCUGUACGCACUUCGUUUCUGCUUCUGACAAGGCCGAAGGAGCAAAGAGAUGAACACAUCGUCUGACAGAUCAGACAACCGCUCUACGUACAUGCGUACCUCCUUACCUGUCAUCCUUGUCUUUCAUUGCCCGGUUCUAAAUAUUUGAAAUGGAUAAAGAAGGCCAAACUAUGGACGUUGUUUGUGGGAAAGACCACGAGGGCAAACAAAGUGGGACAGAACAGAGAGAAAACAAAGAGCCUGGGGGUGAAGAAGAUGCUGAAGGCGUAUGAUUUACAAUACUUCGCCUGGAUCCAUGUACAACUUUUGUCUCGCUUAUGUAUAACCAGAGCCGUAAAAAGCACUAAGAGAAAUGGGUGAGUGAGGCCGAACAGAGAAACUGGGAAAAGUGUGAGAUAUUUUAAUAAAUGAAUAGAAGCCAGGUGGUAACUUAGAAAAUGUCAAACUCCUCCCGCCUACUGAGGGCAAAGACACUGUAGUUAUUUUUAUUUUUUUGUUCUGCAAGAAAUUGUUCACCUUUAAUUUUCUAUUCCUUCGUUUGUUUGUGGACACUAUUUUUUUUUUUUUUUUUUUGUCAUAUUAUCUCUUCAGCACCACAGCAGACAGGUUUAGGCUGUGUCUCAACCCAUUCUGCCCACAUCUAUAUACGUACACAUGCUGCUGCACAAGUACAUGAGGUCUUUUAAUACAUAUACAUUACAGUAGCGUGCAGUCAGACUUACAUCGGGAAAACGACUCACACACACCAUUCACAUUUUUAAUUUAUCCGUAAACAAGACAUGAGCACUAAAUACGUUUUUUCACAUUGUUUAAGUUUUUUUUUCUCUUUCUUUUUUUUGCACUUACAAACAUACUGGCAAAGACAUACGAGGGCACCGAUGCAGCAAAGAUGAGGAAGAGUAUUGAAACAGAACUGAUCACUUUUUAAAAUGCCAUCUUCAGUAUACUGGAUUCUUCCUGUUUUAUUAUUUUGAAUACGUUUUUCUAUUAAAAAUAAAAACAAAGAAGUUCUAAA